AAAUGAAUUCUUUUAAAUCAACUGAGGAUAUUGUACAACGAGUAACGGGAAAUUUCGGUAGAUGGCAAUUGCGUUCAAUUAUUUUAAUAUUUCUUUGUAAAAUUCCUACAGCAUGGUUUAUGGCAUGCAUCAUUUAUACAGCUCCAACGGCUCAAAAAGGUGAUUACUAUUGCAGACCAUCUCCACUGGAAAUGUCAAGAAAUUCUUCAUGGAUACGUGUUAUUCAAACGCCAUUAAGUGAUACUCAACGUACCGAUCGUGAAUUUCAUGUCGACGCUUGUCAUAUGUAUGAGCAUUCUUUACGUGAAAAUUUCAAAUUUACUCAUGGCAAAAAUUAUACGAAUCCAUUUACCCGACCUCAAAUCAAUCAAACGCAUUUCAAUAUAAUACCUUGUGAGCAUUUCGAACAUAAUAGUGAUUACGAAUCGCUAGUGACACAAUUCGAUUUGGUAUGUUCGCGUGAACUUUUAGUAUCGGUAACGCAAUCAUUUCAUGCUCUAGGCGCUUUAAUAGGCGGUCUAAUAGCUAUUACCGCUUUAAAGUAUAUUAGUCCACGCUGUUUAAUGCUUUAUGGUAUGUUGGGUCAAAUUGUUUGCGGUAAUUUAACCGGUCUGGUUUCAACAUUUGCCCUCCACGUGUAUUAUCGUUGCUUAACAUCGAUGUUUUGUGUUUUUAUGUAUACCGCCGGUCAAUAUAUUCUGUCCGAUGUUACUGGCGGUAAAGCGAAAACGAUUGUUAUCACUUUAUUUGAAUUGUUUUGGUCAAUUGGUUUGAUAUUAUUACCGGGCAUUUCAAUAUUUUUUGAUAGUUGGAAUCACUUGUAUGUGGCCAUAUCAUCGUCAUUGGUUAUAUUAGUGCUUUUGCAUAAAUGGAUUUCUGACAGCCCCCGCUGGCUUUUACGGCAAAACAAAAUUGAAAAAGCUCUGCAAUUAUUAUUGGAAUCGGCUGCAUUCAAUAAUCGUGAAAUUCCUUUAGAUUUAGAAGCACAAUUAAAAGCGUAUAGUCAUUGCCUACAACAAAAUGCAAGACCGAUAAAGUAUUGGCAUUUAUGGACUAAAAAGGAGCUCCGCAAAUAUAUUAUAACCGUACAUUGGGCUUGGGCGAUUGCGACAAUUUUAUAUAAUGUCAUGAUUUUAAUGAUACGUUCUUUAGGCGUGAAGCAUAUACACGUGAAUACCGCUUGUUUAGGAUUUUCGGAAAUGCUGGGUGUAUUUUUGGGCUUAUACUUGAUAUUAUACACUCGCCAUCGUUGGCUAUGGUCAGGUUAUCUGGUCUUGACGUCAGGAUUUAUAACCUAUUUUAUUUGGCUGGUACCUUCUUCAAUUAAAGAAACGAGACGUGUUGGCUAUGAAAUGAUAUUCUGGAUUAUCUUAAAAUUGGCAAAUUCCGCAUCUUUAUCAGUUUUAACUACCUGCUCCGGGGAAUUAGUACCAUUGGAACAACGACCCAUUCUUAUGAUAUCCAUAUGUAGCUUCAGUCGUUUUUGUUUGAUUUUUGCUCCCUUCAUAUCGAUAACAACAAAAAUUCACUUUCUUAUACCCAUUACGAUUUUUGCUACGUUAGCACUCAGCAAUGGUGUACUAAUGUGUGUUAUGAACAUUAACUUUUGGAAUGAACAACAAGCGAAAAUACCAAAAAUUCCUACACCCAACACCUAUAGACGUAAAUCAUCGAUGAUUUUAUUGCAACGUCAAAGUUCUGUUACGUCAGGAAAAAACUCCAACCAUUCAUCUGAUGACAUUAGCAAUCAUUUGACAAUAAGUAUUACGGACCUAUGGCAUUUAGAUCAGUAUUUUCAAAGUUUACAAGAAACAGAAUCAAACUCAAGCGAAGACAAUUCUAUGAAAGUAAUGCAAAUGGAAAAAUUUUAA